UAAGCUACGGAUCAGGCCAUUUCUCUUCCCUCUCUGUCUCCACCACUGGGAUCCCGCUCGCAAACUUUGAGUAGUGCUGCCCCUUCCUCCUCUUCUCCAUUGUCGUUGCUUCUCUCACGCGCGCACUGUCAUCCCUGUGACUGCGUUGGGAGCGCAACCGUGUGCAUAGCAGCCCAUGGACGAUAAGGAGAAAGAGAAAGAGAAGGAGAAGGAGAAGGAGAAGCACGCCGACGGGACCGACGUUGAGGAGGAAGAAGAGGAUGAAGAAGGUAACAAGCGCAUUGUCGUGCUUGGCCCCCAGGUCCCCCUCAAGGAACAGCUCGAGCUCGACAAGGAUGAUGAGAGCCUGAGGAGGUGGAAGGAGCAACUCCUUGGCCAAGUCGACACAGAGCAGCUGGGAGAAACUGCGGAACCAGAAGUUAAGGUGCUGAACCUGACAAUCCUGUCACCUGGCAGACCAGAUCUCGUCCUUCCGAUCCCAUUCCAUGCGGACGAGAAAGGCUAUGCAUUUGCUCUCAAGGAUGGCAGCCCCUACAGCUUCCGUUUCUCCUUCAUCGUCUCCAACAACAUUGUAUCAGGCCUGAAGUACACCAACACUGUCUGGAAGACUGGAGUAAAAGUGGAGACCCAGAAGAUGAUGCUGGGGACGUUCAGCCCCCAGUUAGAGCCCUACGUCUACGAGGGUGAAGAAGAGACCACCCCUGCUGGCAUUUUUGCAAGAGGUUCUUAUUCUGCUAAACUAAAGUUUGUUGAUGAUGAUGGCAAGUGCUACUUGGAGAUGAGUUACUACUUUGAGAUUAGAAAGGAGUGGCCAGCAGGAACCCAAUGAUGUGGACCAAGGGUACUCGUCGGAGUAUGUUAGAGCUCAUAGCUAAGCCAAGCAGAAAAUGUGCUAUUGCUUCAAGAAUGAUCCAUUCACUAUUUCUUCACCUUUAAUCGCAUUUUAAUUUAUUUUGAGUUGUCAUUGUAUGUUGUUUAUCGCAAAAAAAACUUUUUAUUUGCAUAUAUAAUACCUGUAUGGAGAUAUUCAGAGAUAUUUAUGUAGUGUUAUUGAACUUCUAAACCUGAAACUACUGCUGCACGAA